GGGGUUCUGACAGGUGUGAUGAUGACGUGGGGGGUGGGGGGCUCACCAGUCUGCCUCUGUUUCAUAAAACUCUAUUGAAGAGGAAUCUGGUUGUGGCCACCUGUUGAAACGGCACGUGCAGCUUUGAGCGUCUGUGGACCGGAGUCACGAACCGGAUCCAAACGGAAGCUUCGGGACCAGGACCAGGACGCUCCUGCAGUCAGUUCUGUCCUCUGAAGAACCCCAUCGUGGUUCAAACUAGUCCAGGUCUGCCUGAGGAGGCUGCAGUGUGCCUGGGGGGCCGUGAUGCUUCACCUGCAGACAGAAGCAGCUCCUCUGUGGUGGACCUGCAGGCGCUCUGCUCACAGGUGCUGGUAGUGACCUACAGGUCGGUUCUUCAGCCACGAUGCGGCACAGCAAGCUGCAGCAGCAGGUCCUGGUUCUGUACCGACAGUUUCUGCGAGCCGCUCAGAACAAGCCCGGCUUCAUCCCACGGAUCCGUGACGAGUUCAGGGAGAACGCCCGCAUCAAGAAGACGGACGUGAUGCACAUCGAGUACCUGUUCCGGCGAGGCCAGAGGCAGCUGGAGCAGCUUCGGGACGCCAACACCAAGCAGCUGGGCUCCUUCUCCAAACCCAAAGGGUCCGGCUGAAGUCCGGCUGCCUUCAGAGUCACAGACAGACGUGAGCGAAAGGUCAUUUACAGGAGAGGAGGCGCGGGCGGACGAGGCGCGGGCAGAAUCCCUGUCAAGAAGUUUUCUGUAGGAGAAACCAAGAUGUGCUUCAACAAAUAAAAACCAGUUUCUGCUGCA